AAUAAUUCGUGGAUAAAACAAUUUCACUUGCACAGUGUAUGCUUAAAAUAGUGUCACAAGCGGAAGUAAAGAAGACGUGAACCUCUAUGGCAAUGUAAAGCUUCUUGUUUGACUUCGUAGCUUUACCGUUGAGCACCAACGAUCCCAAUCUUCAUGGUGAACGCUGGAGUCAGUGGUUCGUAACAUCAACGAGACUUCUUGGAUUCUUCGUGUCACAACUCACGGCAAGUUCAAGCACACGAUGUUUCCCAUAAGGGACGAAACGAUGGUUAUGAGCUCGAAAGUAGCCUGUCCCUCAUCCACCCUUUGGUUGUUCCUCACCUUUGAAUACCUGAUUGGCAUGUUCAUAUCUGUUUUUCUGGCCAUUCUCACGAUUAUCAAAUCAUUGUUACCGAAACCGCCCAGAGAUUUGACCGGAGACGUUGUACUGGUCGCCGGUGCUUCGUCGUCGUUAGGUGAAUCUUUAGCCGAGGAAUUCGCGAAAAACGGAUGUUCCGUGAUCUGCGUGGACAACGACUCGUCUUCUAUCAAAGAAACGGAAUCCAGAUUGAAAAGACAAUAUCCCACGAUAAAAGAAGUUAGGCAAAGUCAAAGAAAAGAUGAGUCCUCGCGAUGUAAACCAACGAUAUCAGCUUACGAGUGUAAUUUAUUGGACAGAGAGGAAAUCAGGAGAACUGCUCAAAAAGUCAAAGAAGAUGUUGGCAGAGUGGACGUUCUGGUGACUUGCGUUGGUAAUCCAAACCAGGAUAUCUUCGACACAGCCAGUAGAACCUUGAUGAGUCACUUUUGGACAGUUCUGGCAUUUCUUCCAUUGAUGUUGUACAAAGAAAGAGCUCAUAUUGUUGGAGUGACUCCAGUUGCAUCGACCACUGAUGCCUAUCAUGGUUCCAGAGCAGCUAUAGUGAGUCUUAUGGAAAGUCUGUGUCAAGAAUUAAGCAACCACAGUAGCCACCUAACAUUCUUAGCAUUUUCACCAAUUGCAGAAUGCAGCACACUGAAGCAGAGUGAGGAACAGGUGGCUAGAAAUAUAGUCAGAGCAAUGAAGGCUGAUCAAAAUAGCCUAAGUGUCAGCUGGAUAUCCAGAAUACUGUAUCAAAUAAGUUGUGUGAUCUACAAUGGAAUAACGUUACUCACACAGUGGAUCCACUCUCCAGGCUGCGAUUACCCAGUAUAAAUCCAAUUCCCCCUCUCAUUUACGUUAAAUAGAAUCAUUAAAAGUGAAUAGCUCACGGACGACGAUGGCGAAACCGAUCUUCUUC